AUGAAACUUGUUAUCCUCCUCUUGAUUGUUGCUUUGACCUAUGCCAACAUCAGAGUGGACCUCUCACGCUUUGAAAAAGAAAAGAUUCCUUCAGAGUAUCUCAGACUUAUCUCAGAUACAAUCUCAAUCGAAGACCCAAAAAUCAAAGAAAUUGAAGAUCUUCUUGAAUUCUCAACAGGCCUUGGAAACGUCCGAGUGCAACUGACCAACUUCAGAAACCUCCAAUACUAUGGCCCUCUCUACCUCGGCUCCAAAAGGAAGCGUCUAAACUUCGUAUACGACACAGGUUCAUCCUGGCUCUGGUUCCCUGGCACGAGCUGCACUGGAUGUCCGACAGACUACGAAUACGAUCCUUCCAAGUCGGAGUUUUACACAGAUUUUAACAAAUCGAAGGAGUUGUUCUACGGGAAAGGGUACGUCAAAGGCAAGGUUAUUCAGGACAAUGUUGCCAUGAUGGGCAUUGACUCAGAAUCAGUCCCUGUUAAGAUGUUAGAGGUGUUUGAGGCGAAAGAUCUUGCAGGGACUCAGGCGGAUGGGAUUCUUGGACUGUCACCGAAGAGUAGUGAUUCGGAUUUACUUGUAAACAAAUUAGCAGAAAUGAAUGUUAUUGAUAAAAGAGAAUUUACAGUUUAUAUUGCUCCGCAAGAAGACACUUCAUUUAUAGAUUUUGGAGAAUACAAAGGUGACCUAACAAAUAUCACAUGGGCAAAAUUAGAUAAAGAUACAAAUUAUUGGAGUGUGCCAUUUAACUAUAUUUCCUAUAUGAAUGAACCGCUUUCUUUGACUAGCACCUCUGCAGUUCUCGAUACAGGUACUUCAAUUCUUGGAUUUCCUUCCACAGACCUCGCACAAAUAAUUAUUGGAAUAAAAGGCGAGAAUAAACUGUAUUAUUUCGAAGAGAUUGGUCUUUAUGGAGUUCUGUGAGAGAACUUGAGCGAAUUUUAUGACCUCGAGUUUAAUAUUAGGGGUCAUAUAACCAGGAUUUCUUCUGAUGAUUACAUGAUCCAGGUUGGGAAAUAUUGUGUGUUCUUCUUAUUUGACCUGGGUUCUAAAUUCCCAUUUGCAUUAUUAGGAGAUUCUUACCUCAAAGGUAACUUAAUAGUGCACGAUAUGGAUAAACAGAGGGUUGGAUUGUUCCCACAGAAGCUUUAUCAUAAGCCUAACCUGUACAAAGAAUCUAACAAAAUGUUGCUCUUCAUAAUAUUAAUCUCUGCUGUAGCCUUCAUUGCAUUGGUGGUCAUCAUCGUGGUAGCUUACAAGCUGUUAAAGAAAUCAGCUGAGGAGGAAGAAGACUCUAGCUCAGAAAGUGAGCUAGCUGAAAGAAUGAUCCAGUAAAGCGAAGAUUUUUGUAAAAAUUACAUUUCAAUA